GUACGACCGGCGGGGCCUAGGUCUCGUCUGGGCUCGGCUCACCCUGUCCUGUCCUUCCCCUCCGCCCACCUACCCGGGGUGCCGGCGGAUCGGCUCGGCUCGGCCCGGCCCGGCCCGGCCCGGCAGUGGCGGUCGCGGCGGGCCCCGGCGCCUCAGCCCUACCGCUGCCCGGGACGGCGGGACCGGGCAGGCCGGGCCGGGAAGGGAGCCCUAACCGGCCCCCGGAGUGCCCCGGCCCGAGCCGAGCCUGCCGCGGGACGAGCUGCCGCCACUGGGUACCCUACCUGGGAAGGACGGGGGGAAACGGCCUCCUCCGGGCUCAGUCAUGGGAAACAGCCGGAGUUUUCGAAAAUCUCGGUUGAUUCGACCGAUUCUGGCCCGCCGCCGGCUCCGGCAGCGCUGCCUGGAACGCCGUGGCAGCCCCAGCCCCGGGUUCCCCGCAGGAACCCGCCAAAGGUGUACGCGGCCAGCCAAGCAGCUGGUCUUGCUGGGCUUGUCUCAGGCAACGAGAUGCACUUUAAAAUUGGCUGGUAAAGCUAGAGGUUGGAGGUAGCAUCUAAACUCCUUCUGGGUGCCCCUCUAAAACACUUCAUGUUUCUCCACAUAAUUUUCCUGACAGAUGACCAGUUGGGGUUCCCUUUCUGCUGUUCAUGCUGAAUAGUUGCUUGGAGAGGUGGUGAAUGAGUGAAGAUACACUUGGUGAUGGUUCAAAUGUGGGAAUUGCCCCCAGUGUGGUUGCUGCUGAUGUUGCCCUGGGAAAAUGCCUUGAUAGGGAAUUAACACAAAUCAGUGAUGGGCUGUGGGACAAGCAAAGUGCUUCCCGAGCCCCCCAAAGAUGUUCAGCUAGACCUGGUUAAAAAAGUCGAACCUUACACAGGCCACAAUGACAUAUACAAGCAUUUCAUCAAAGAUGACUGUGGGACCCUCAUCAAAGCCAUUUCUCCCUCACCUCUGCGUCAUGUUAACCCAUAUCCUGGGAACCACCUGCCUGCCCAUGUGGACCAGCCCGAACCCCGCAAGAACAAAGUGGCUAAAUACCGUGCCAAGUUUGACCCCAGAGUGACGGCCAAGUAUGACAUUAAAGCCCUGAUUGGGAGAGGGAGUUUUAGUCGCGUUGUACGGGUGGAACACAAGGCUACAAAGCAGCCGUAUGCAAUCAAGAUGAUAGAGACCAAAUACCGGGAGGGGAGGGAAGUGUGCGAGUCGGAACUUAGUGUGCUAAGGCGGGUUCGGCACACCAAUAUCAUCCAGCUGAUUGAGGUGUUUGAGACCCAGGACCGUGUGUACAUGGUGAUGGAAUUGGCAACUGGAGGAGAGCUGUUUGAUCGGAUCAUCGCUAAAGGUUCCUUCACUGAGAGGGAUGCUACGCGUGUGCUGCAGAUGGUAUUAGACGGUGUGAAGUACUUGCAUACAUUGGGUAUCACACACCGGGACUUAAAACCAGAGAAUUUGCUCUACUACCAUCCAGGAACAGACUCCAAAAUCAUGAUUACGGACUUUGGACUGGCAAGUGCUCGGAAGAAGGGAGAUGACUGCCUGAUGAAAACCACCUGUGGGACCCCAGAGUACAUUGCUCCUGAGAUCCUGGUCAGGAAGCCAUACACGAACUCUGUGGACAUGUGGGCGCUGGGUGUGAUCUCGUACAUUCUCCUGAGUGGCACUAUGCCCUUCGAAGAUGACAACCGCACCCGCUUAUAUCGGCAGAUCCUGAAAGGAAAAUACAGUUACUCGGGCGAGCCCUGGCCCAGUGUGUCCAACCUGGCCAAGGAUUUCAUCGAUCGUCUACUCACAGUGGACCCCAGUGACAGGAUGACAGCCCUUCAGGCCCUGAAGCACCCGUGGGUGGUCAGCAUGGCAGCCUCUUCCUCCAUGAAGAACCUGCACCGUUCCAUCUCACAAAACCUUCUCAAGAGGGCAUCUUCCCGCUGCCAGAGCACCAAGUCCGCACAGUCCACCCGCUCCAGCCGCUCCACCAAAUCCAACAAAUCACGGCGGGUUCGGGAACGUGAGCUGCGAGAGCUCAAUCUGCGCUACCAGCAGCAGUACACUGGCUGAGCACUGGGCUGGGACCUGCCAGGCGUCUUUCCAGAUGUCCUCUCUGCAGUGUAGGUGUGCAGCACCCUUUGCUGCACACUCGCUCAGUGAGGAACAUCCAGGUUGCUCUCUCCCUCCCUCCCUCCAGGUGUCCCCCCCCAUCCAUGAGGACGUGUCCACCCGUGUGGAGGAAAGGGAAUCUCGUGGUGGCCAUCACACCCUGCGAGCUGUGCCAUGGGGUCUCACGCAGGAAACGGGGGAGCCCUUGUGGGCUCAGAGUACAGCUCAGAGCCUCAAGUAAUACACAAAUUAAGGAGCUACCUGGGGAGAAGAGCGCUUUCUGUAGCCCAGGAGCUUGGUUAUUCAUAGUUAUUUAUUAAUUCCAGAGCAUUAAGUUUCUCUCACUUGCAUAUGAAAAAGAAAUCACUUUAGAUGUAUGUACAUGCACGUAUGUGUAUGCACAUACAUGUGUGGGUGUGUAUAUGUAUUUAAAAAUUAUAUAUACACAAAAUUUGACCUGGUUUAGUCAGACUCUGUGGUGCCUUUGCAGUGAAGCUGGUAUGAGUCACAUGCAGUUAGAAGUAGGAUAGCUCUGACUCACUGGUGUGCUGCCCACCAGCUCCUCAUCCCUAUAUGGUGCUGAGGAGAUGCCAGACAGCAGUUUUCUGUAAUGGCUGGGAAGCUGUGAGGUUUUCCCCAAGGGCUGCCAUCCACUUGAUGACAUCAAGGGUUUACUCAAGCUGUGCGAGAGCUGCCGUGAAAAUUGGCAACCACGCUGACAUGCUGCAAACUUGGAGCUGUAGUCCGGUUCCUUUGAUCCAGACUGGGUGGGCGCUUCUGAUGGAGGGGUGGGAAGAGGAUCAUCAUGCUGCAGGAACUUCAUGAGAUGUCUUUGGCAAGGCAGGUUUUUGGGGGGUGCCUUGCUGCCCCCCUGGAAUUAUCCUUCUCCCAUUUGCAGCAAGAUCAGUGGCUACCUUGCAGGGUUUGUUUUUCUUGCUGUGAUGUGGCCCUGUCAUGUCUGUGACCUGUUAAACAUCUUGUGCCCUUGAGACUGGCGUUACCAACUGCAUCACUUCACCAAAACUUCGGUGGUUCCAGGUAUUGCUCCCUAGCUGCAGAUUUUAUGGGGUUCCCCUGGUGUGCAUGCCUGUCCUGCCCCAGUCCUGCUGUCCCUGCUCUGGGACAGUGAAGGGGUGGUGGGAGCUGUCAGGAUGGCCACAAAUGGCUCCAUAGCUGUCAGGGGAGGUCCAGUCCUGGAGUCUCAGCAGUGAUAAUGCUCUGCAGAUAUUGCACAAACACCUAAGAGCUGUUAGGUGUGACUUAAAUUCAGCAGGAAAAAGCUGCCUUUCAGGUUGCCUUGUGCUGGAUGGGUGAUGUGGGGGCCUCUUGUGAAGGACCUCUCAGGGGAGGUGGGGGCUGUAGGGCUGAGCUUUGUGCAAGCCUGCUGAGAUAUCUUCCCAACUAGCUAAAGCAGCAAAGCGGGGCUGAUGGCACAGUCUCAGGGUGGAUUUGGUCUCUUGUGAUAACAGAGGCAAGAUCUGUGGUAGAGCAGAAUGCUGGUUUUUUAAACUUUCUGUACAAAGCCAUACUGUUUGCUUCAUUCUGUGCAUUUGGGAAGUGUUUGCUUAGCUCUGGGCUGGAGCUGAAGGCUGUGUAAGCUCAAGGGGCUAGCGAGCAUGGCCUUUCCACCCAGGAUUGAUGUCUGUGUGGCUGUGUUUUAGUGUCAGCAAGGUUUUAAGUGGUUGGUUGCGUCUCCAGGGAGCUUUUAACUCUACUGGCUGCAGCCUCUCUUGGUCAGCAAACAGCAAAGCUUCCAUGGGAGAAGACUGAGCUUUCUGUGCUAAGGAAAAAAGGAACUUCUAGGGAUGUACUUGCCAUCCCAGAGUUGGGAUGGGCCAUAACCACUGUGAGCAUAGCUUGAUGUGCCCAAGCGUGCGGUGGGGAAUAUGCCAGAGGAAACCUGAGGACAGCCAGUAUGUGUAGCAGGAGUGAAUUCUAAGUCCUUUGCAUGGUAUUGCAUAUUAUUUUGAAAACUCUGGAUCCUUUGCAGGCUGCCCUGUCUCUGAGUGGCCAUUCUACCAUAUCACAUGCAGUCUUUCUUCCAUCAGCAUUAACAGAUACAGCAGAAUUACUAAAAAUUGGGGUUUUUUAGCGCUGUGGACUGCAAACCAAAAAUGUUUCUUCUGCUUCUGUUACCUUCUCACAUAGUCUUCCCUGGCUCAUGACCGUGAACUAUAAACUAGACGUGAUUUCUGACAAAAGAGGCAGCUUGCCACAUUUUGCUUCAUAAACAGUUCAGUGCCCCUCAUUCCUGCAAACAGCUCUUCAGAAGCAGCAUCCUCUCUAAAACAAGUAUAAACUGGAAAAUUGUUCUUCCCCUUAAGAGAUGGCAGGAUGCUCCUCUCAGAGGGCUUCUGGUUUUGAGCCAUCAAUCGUAAGAGUCUUCCAUGUGUUUGGAGCAUCACACCCAGGCACUGUGAUCUAUCUCCUGUCCCUCCUGGGUUCUUUCAUGGCCCUCCCCAGAUUGUCUUGCAUGUUUAUCCUUAAAAUAGGUAUUUUGUCUAUGCAAGGAGGUCAAACUGAUGAACUGAGCCAAAACCUGUAGAACCUGAGACCCUUUCCUUUAACCACUAGACCAUCAAAAUACACAGAUGUUGUGCAGAUGUAUGGCCACACGGUUCCUUCAUGCGUUCCCUUGUGAGGGAUAGACGAAGGUGGAGAGGUCAGAACAUUGAGCUCUGGUCUGAACACGUGUGUUUCUCCAAUUUCACAAAGCAGAACAAGAAUCUUCUCAACUGUGACAAUUUUUGCUUUAUUGCUCUUCUCAGCAAUUGGUUUUUCACCAGAAAAAGUUCAAAGUGGUGGUAUUCAUGGUGAGUUUUGGGGUGGAAUAUGUUUUGGGAAGCAAGAUGGUGCUAUAUAGGUACCUGACAGUGUCAGUUUUCUGUGAUGAUACUGUAUGACCAGGGAGGUGAAUUGGCGGAAGAGAGGAUCCUUCACAUACAUGAGCAAUACUGGAUAGCUGCAGCCUGCCUCGUUGUGGGAUGGAGAUGUGGUUCUCAGGUGUCCCGCUAGUGGGGAAUUUUGCACCAAAGAGGACCAAGUCCGCCCCCAAAGUCUUUGGCUUUUUGAGAAAAAGAGCUCUCAUUCUCUUUACAAACACAAUGUUUUCUUGUUUGCAUGGAAAAGUCAGUGUAAACAUGGGGAAAAUCUUUAUGGGCUUUCUUUCCAUCAUUUGAGUAUGGCCCAAUCCCUCUUCUUUUUCUGUAUCCAGUAUUUGCAGGAACCCAGACAAUAACUUGUGUGGGCAGAGGGGAGACUAGCAGAGCUCUGUCCAAGUGUCCCUUGGAGCCCUCAGUGAUCUUUCUGUUUUCACUCUGUCUGGAAAACUGCGAUGGUCCAAAUGCUAUGUUGCAAGGUCCAGCUCAAGAGUGAUUCCUGGGCUGCUUUUAUCCUUGCAGUUAUGGCACGUUUUCAGCUGGGUCUGGCAGGGAGGACAUGUGAAGUGCUGCAAUUUUGAGGAGUGGUUCAGGUGCCUUCAAUCUGUCCUCUAGGAAGCUCUUCACUGUGAAUUAUCUUGAUCAUCUGUUGUCAUUUAUAUUCCAUGUGAGCAUCUUGGCUCUCGGUGUGUCUAAGCCUCAGGAGUUUACACUCUUCAGGAGUGCCUUUUUUGGGGAUUUUAGAAGUUUAAAUCUCUCUGAAACAUCCUUUUUUUCUGUUUACUGUUUAAAUCUUUCUGUGGCUCUUAAUGGUGGUUCUUAAUUUGGCUCGCAGGGUUUUUUUGGAAGACUUCCUCUGGUACUGAAUUAGCCAGGAGAAUGCAAACCGGUAACAAAUCCAUGUUCCAGGCUGUUGCUGAGUUGCAGUCUUUAUAUUAGCUGGGAUGCAAAUCUCUGUAACAGAGUGCUUUUGUUUUCUGUACUUCUGUUCAUACAAUGCAAAUGAAGCUGGAAUGACACCUAGUGGCAAACUGUAGUGUGUCCUUGUCCAAGUAUAGCCCUCUUCUGCUUCCAUUACUGCUGUUCCUGGGUGAGAUGCUCCUACAAGGAAGAAUCUGGGUUUGGUGUGCUGAGUGAUGGUCCUGGAUCACACCUGCAGUCGUAGGUGUUCAACAGCUUUCUCAGUGUGGGACCAUUUUAUCCUAUACUGAUCCCAAAACCAGCAUUUUAGCCCACCUGGGGAUGAGCGUGAGUCCAUGUGCACCCACUGGAAGGGAUGAUCAAUGCUGGGAAAAGACCUGUGCAGUCAACCCACUAGUGUCUCAAGAUGAUGCUUACCAGCACCCUAUCUUGGGGAAACGUCUUAGGAGAUGCUAGGGGAAAGUGAAGCCUAAAGAUGCUGAGGCUGGCAGCAGUAGGUUUGGAACUUUCUCCCAUCAUGAGACACGAUGGAGCAGCUCGGUGUGUUGCUCUCCAGCGUAUUGUGUUUCAGGGAAAAGCAAUUUUAAGGACUAGAGGGAAUUAUUGUUGUUUGUCUUUUGGAACUUAGCAGUACUGUGUAAAAUAAGCUCAUUGUUUCGUCCUGUUUUGUCCUCUGGAGGAGAGAAUUAGGGCUUCAAAGAAUGUGGCCUAUUGAUUCCUCUUUUUUUUUUUUUGAGCGUUAUUGGUAAUGAAUGUGAAAAGGUCUUCCAGAAAUAACAUUAGGUGUUCUACAGACUUGUUAAGCUUUGCAUCCAGAUUUUUGAGUGGCAGUGUAUUUUUCUAUGCAUUUUGCUAAACAGCAAAUCAGUUGUCCAUGUUUGCUUUACCUCUCACCCUUCUCAACCUUCUAAAAACCAACAUGUCAACCCAGUGGCAGUAGAAAACCCCUUUCCUUUAGUCUCACUUUAACAGUGAGAUUGUGAUAGCAUCCAGAUGCUCCUGCCAGUUGCUGGAUUGCAUUGUUCUUGGAAGCAUACAAAUAUACGUGAGGGACAGCUUUAUAGCUUUGUGAUGAGAGUAAGCCCAGUCAAAAGGGCUCUGACCUGCUGGCUUCGGUAGUGAUGUGGAAACCAGCUGCCGUGUAGGGUCUGCAUUACGUAUUUGUUUUGGAAAUUAUAAACCCUCAAAAUCUUAACUUCUUCGGAAUUUGGAUAUUUUCUUCUUUUAGGUCAGAUAUUUUCUGCUCUGGUUGUUUACAUUCUUUCUUAUGCCCUGCUCCAUUUCUCAAUCCUGUUUUCUACCUGGGUGUGUGGCUGAAGUACUAAUAUAGUCGGCUUUUAUGUAACGCACAAACUGGAAUAGGAAUUGUGGUUAACUCAGCAACUGGGCAGCAACUCUGGCUUUGGCUCUGCAGGAGCCGUGGCAAGUCCUGGAGCAAGGUAAGAGCAUCUGUAUGGUGCCUUGCAGGUGGGAGAAGGCUCCCUUUGAGGACCCUGUGGUGCAGACUCAGCUUAAGAGAAUCUUGUACAACUGAGGACAACUAAUGCGUGGCUGUUACAGGCCUCUUAUUAGAUUGCACGGGACCAUAGUCUUAAGUGGCGAUACUAAAGAUUUGGAGGAUUCAAGGUACAGUUCAUUAAAAUACCAAUUGUUUGACUUAAUUUAGUUUUCUAAGUGAUGCGAAGCAACACAAAGAUUGGCUUUUGGAAGGGAUCACACCCUCUGGAGGAGUUGCAAACUGUUCUCUGGCAGCAGUGUGAGCCCUGGGAUUUGCAGGGAGGGUGGUUGUAUUCUGGCCUCUCAGCAGCUCGGCUUUGUCCUGGAAAAUAUCACAAAGUGCCUGUACUGCUUGGUGCCAGAUACCCAGCCACAGGUUGCCCACACACUCUUGGGAGGUUUUUGGUGCUUUUGCUGACCACUCAGUCUCCUCUUUUCAGCCUGGAUUAAAAAUGCAGCUCUUGGGUUCUGCCGAGGCAGGUGCCUGCAUGUCAGCUGUGCCUUACUGAGCAGUAAAUCUGCAAAAAAAAAAAAAAAAAAAAAAAAGAAGCUGCAGGGAUGUGCGGUGGCAACGGCGUCAUGGAGCUUGGUAUCUUCCAUCUUCUGUUUCCCUGUGGUGGAGGGAUCAUGGGAGGCAACAGGCUGCUGCCUGCCUGGUGACACUUUAUCCUUCUCCUGCUGUCUUCCCCUGCAUGGUGAUACUGUAGAUCCCUCGUGUGCGAUGGGCAAGCUACUUGCUGCUGUUGCAAAUAUUGUUGCACUGUGUUUGCUGAAUGUGGAAGAGAUCUGCGGCCCCAAAGAGGUAUGUUGGAAACGAGCAGCUCCUGUGAGCAUGCCCAGAUGCCUUGAGUUUUCCUGUGGCCUUUCACUGAAGACAGACACCUCCCGGGAAGCUCUCAGGACCGGAGGUCUUCCAGCACUUGCUGUUAUUUUUGGUCGCCAAAUUUCCGGUGCUGUCUUGGAAUGGUUUGGAAGUAAAUCCAGUUGCGUCCCGUUAGUCCCUUGACAGGGCUGUUUUGAGAAGGAUCCGGUUCUGUGACUUGCCUUUCGAGUCCUCUCUUUACACUAAGGACUGUCUUGUAGGAAGAGGUCUGAACCAUUGUAAUUAGUCUGUAACGUUAUGAUUAGAGUGUAAAGAAUUAUUUAUUUUGUGUACUCAGUCUGCUAAACAUGUAAAUGUAUUGUGUGUA